UUACGGUAGACUUCGAGUGAAACACAAGUGCUUAGUUUGUAGUGUGUAAAAGUGGCCAAUUUUAAAUUAAUAUUUAACGCUGUGGCACAGCCAUGGUGAACGCAAAAAUGAAAAUCAUUUUGCCACUAGUCGUGUGGAUUGUGCUGUUCUCGAACUCGGCACAUUCACAAUCCCGAAGAAGUUCGGGACGUUUAAAAAGUGAAGUAUUUUUUCUGAAUCUCGAGGAUGGCUAUUUUGGCUGUCAAGUAAAUGAAUCAACAGAUUACCUACAAUUAUUUGAAUUAUCAAAGAUAUGUGAUGGGAACUCAGACUGUUUUAUGGGUUCCGAUGAAUUAAGCAAAGACCUUAAAUGUACAAGUGACUGCGACAAAGAUGGUACGGUAUGCUCCAAUGGAGCUUGCUUAGACUCUCAAUGUCACUGCAAUGAUGGGUUCGGAGGUUGUAAUUGUCAAGUUCCAGAUGAGAACGAAUGCAAAUAUCGACCUUGUGAUGUCUUUGCGCAUUGCACAAAUACUCUAGGAAGUUUUAUGUGCACAUGCUUUCCAGGGUAUCACGGCGAUGGACUUCAUUGUGAAGACAUUGACGAAUGUGCAGAUCCAUCGAUCGCUGCACGAUGUGUGGAAAACGCAGAGUGCUGUAAUUUACCAGCUCACUUUCUAUGCAAAUGUAAAGCAGGUUUUGAAGGUGAUGGUGAAGAGUUUUGUGCAGAUAUCAACGAAUGUGCAAAACCAGAUGCGUGUGGCAUCAACACAAACUGCUUUAAUACGCCAGGAAAUUACUCGUGCGCAUGUCAAGACGGUUUCGAAGGGAAUCCUUUUGAUGGGUGCGUUGACAUUGACGAGUGUUUGAAUCCACUUGCUUGUGGAAGUGGUGCUACCUGUACGAAUCUUGAGGGCGGUCAUCGCUGCGACUGUCCUGAAGGUUUCGCCGGGGAUGCCCGAUCACCAACUGGCUGCGUAGAUUUUGAUGAAUGCGCUCGUUCACCGUGUGGCCGAGAUGCUCACUGUGUAAAUACGGAUGGAAGUUUUCGUUGUUUAUGCCCUGAGGGAAGAGCUGGAAAUCCGAUGGAAUCGUGUAAUGAUGUAAAUGAAUGUAUCGAUGAACCCUGUGGAGAAAAUGCAAUCUGUACUGACACCAUUGGCAGCUUCGUAUGCUCGUGUAAACCUGAUUUUACGGGAAAUCCAUACAAAGGAUGUUCAGACAUUGACGAAUGUACAGCAUUGAAAAAUCCAUGUGCCGAACAUGCGAUUUGUGAAAAUACAUCUCCUGGAUACACUUGCAAGUGUCCCCAAGGAUUCGUGGCGAAACCGGAUCCGAAAACCUAUUGCGAACAAGUGGACGUGAAUAUACUUUGUACUGGCAACUUUGACUGUACCAAUAACGCUGAAUGCAUCGAUGGUCAGUGCUUCUGUCAAGAUGGUUUCGAACCACACGGAUCCAGUUGCAUUGACAUUGACGAAUGCCGAACUCAACCCAAUAUCUGUGGAGACCAUGCAAACUGCAUCAACAUUGCUGGCUCAUUCCGAUGUGAAUGUUUGUCGGGCUAUGUGGGAACACCGCCACGAAUUCAAUGCAAAGCUCCCUGCGAAGAUGUCAAAUGCGGUCAGCAUGCAUACUGUAAACCCGAUGGAACAGACGCUUACUGUAUUUGUGAAGAGGGUUGGACGUAUAAUCCCAAGGACAUUUCUGCUGGUUGCGUUAAAAUCGAUGAAUGUGACAUUCCUGGAAAAUGUUCUUGUCCUCCAGGCUACACAGGAAACCCGACCACCGAGUGCCUUGAUAUUGAUGAAUGUUUAACGGAAAAUCGUUGUGGAUUUGGAGCAGUUUGUAAGAAUACACCCGGCGGCUACGAAUGUACUUGUCCGGAAGGAACAAUUCCUGAUCCAGAUCCAACUGUCAGAUGCAUAGCAGUUGUAACAUGUAAAGUGGAUAACGACUGUCCCGGUAACGCAAUAUGUGACAAUCAUCACAGAUGUUUAUGCCCAGAACCGAAUGUCGGCAAUGACUGUCGUCAUCCGUGUGAAAGCAUUUCAUGUGGACCGAAUGCUCAUUGCAUGAUCGUGAAUAAAGUAGCGCAGUGUAUAUGUAGCGAAGGAUUUGCAGGAACUGGUGACAAUUUCGGAGGAUGUUUGGACAUCAACGAAUGUUUAGGAAAUCCAUGUCCUUCCGGAGCGGUUUGCACAAACAUCCCUGGAAGUUACUUAUGCCAAUGUCCCGGAGGAACUAACGGUGAUGCAUACAAAGAUGGCUGCUCUCGAAUGGCUGACACACAAUUCAGUUGUAGCACAGACCAUCCAUGCCCAGUUGGAGAGAAUUGUGUGACUGACUCGUUCACCGGAUCAAGUGUUUGUAUCUGUCGCCAAGGUUAUACAAGAGAUCAAUCAUCUGGUAAAUGUGUCGAUGUCGACGAAUGUUCCUCACAGCGAGACAAGCCAGCUUGUGGAGACAAUGCCUUAUGUAAAAAUUUGCCAGGAAGUUAUGAAUGCCAAUGCCCGCCAGGAUUCUACGGUAACCCAUACUCAUUAUGCGAAGAAUGCAACAGUCUGGAGUGCCAAUGUCAGCCGCCCUAUAAGUUUGUUGGAGGAAAUUGCAUUUUGGCUGGUUGUUCAGAUGGUGGAAAGUGUCCGCAUGGUGCUGAAUGUAUAUCCAUUGCUGGUGGCGUUAGUUACUGUGCCUGUCCAAAAGGAUACCGUACACAAGCAGAUGGAUCUUGUAUUGACGUUAAUGAGUGUGUCGAGGGUCAACAAGUGUGUGGCUAUGGCGCCGAAUGUAUCAAUAAACCAGGAAGCUACGAAUGUGUAUGCCCCAUCGGCUAUGGAGGUGAUCCAUAUCAUGGUUUGUGUGCAGCACCACAGAGACGCUGCUCUUCUGAUCGCGAAUGUGGAUUGAACGAAAAAUGUGUACAGCCGGGAGAAUGUGUCUGCCCACCACCGUUUUUCUUGGACACCAGCGAUGGAAAUAAAUGCAAAAGUCCAUGCGAUCGAUAUCCAUGCGGCAUUAACGCCAAAUGCACACCGAGUGAUCCACCACAAUGCAUGUGUGAAGUAGGCUAUCGUGGCGAUCCGCUCAGAGGUUGUACUAGCGAAAACGAAUGUGCUAAUUCUCCAUGUGCGUACGGAGCACAAUGUAUCAACGAAAAAGGCGGUUACAAAUGUGUGUGUCCCAAAGGUCAAAUCGGUGACGCGUACAAGGGUGGCUGUAUUCUGGAAAAUGGCUCCGUCAAAACACAAUGUUCCGAUAACUCAGAUUGUGCACCAACAUUAGCCUGUGUCCAAGGUAGAUGUAUCAGUCCUUGCAGCAGUUUAUUGUGUGGACCAAAUGCUUACUGUGAACCAGAGAAUCAUGCUGCAUGGUGUCGGUGUCGUGUCGGCUUUAUCGAAGGUCCCAACGGAGAAUGUUUGUCACAAUGCUCCGAUUAUUUCUGUGGCCAUGAUGCCGUUUGUAUUGUAACUCCCGAUGGUCCGACAUGUAAAUGUCCAUCAGGAUUGUUGGGAAAUCCAUUCCCAGGCGGAUCCUGUGUAACUGAUCAAUGUUCUGCUACAAAACCAUGUACCGAUUCGCAAGUCUGCAUUGGAGGCCGAUGCAAGCACCGAUGUGAAAAUAUAGUUUGUGGAGUCGGUGCCACUUGUAAUCCGACCAAUGGACGAUGUGUCUGUGAACCCAAUUUCGUUGGAAAUCCAGAUCUGCUGUGUAUGCCACCAAUUUCAUCACCAGCAUGUGAACCCGGUUGCGGACAAAAUGCCCAUUGUCAAUACGGUACGUUCUCGAAUCAAUGUGCCUGUAAUCCAGGAUCCGUUGGUAAUCCCUAUGAGACAUGUGGACCUCAGCGAAAGACUUCAUGUAGUCAAACAUCAUGCGGAAUUGGAGCUGAGUGCCGUGAAGACGGCGUAUCCCUCGAUUGUGUCUGUCCACCCGGUUAUUUCGGCAAUCCUUUCGUUCAGUGUCAUGACAUCGAUGAAUGCUCGAACGGAGCUUGUGGUCAAGGUGCCAUUUGCAUAAACACACCGGGAAGUUACGAUUGCAAGUGUCAACCAGGAUCUACUGGAAACCCAUUCUCGAUUUGUACGCCUUUGCAGAAGAAUGCUUGUGACAAUCCACAUCGGUGCCAGUGCGAUGCAAAUACAUUGUGUCCAUCCGGCUUCCGUUGCGAAAAAGGGAAGUGCCGCGAUUUAUGUGAAAAGAUUAACUGCGGUCCAAGAGCUGGAUGUGAUUCUGGUAAAUGUGUUUGCCCUCCUGGAUACAUUGGUUCACCGGACGACCUAAACAAAGGAUGCUACAUCCAUGAUCAAUGUGACAUCGACCAAGACUGUAAAUCGUCAGAGAUUUGCUUCCAAAUUACUCGCGGAUUACGUAAAUGUAUCGAUGGCUGUAGUCGAUUCCAAUGUGGACCGAACGCCUUAUGUAUCACAAAGAACCACCGUUCGUCUUGUAUUUGUGGCGACGGUUACUUUGGAAAUCCAAGCGACUUUGAAUUGGGUUGCCAGAAGCAUAGUACGAAAAACGAUCCAGACGGCUGCCAAUCGAACGGAGACUGUGAAAAGGGAUACAUUUGCUCAUUCGAUGUGACCGGCAAGCGAUCAUGCAUCAAUCCAUGUGAAAAUGUUGCUUGUGGCACAAACGAACACUGCAAAUUGGACAAAAAUAGCAAUCCAAUCUGUGAAUGCAAAGAGAGCUUCGUUUGGAAUCCCGUGUCGUCCAGAUGCGAAAAACCCUCGAUUCCGGAUUGUGUAACCGAUGAAGAUUGUCCAUCUAAUGCGGCUUGUCGACCCGAUGUUCUCGGAAUACUCAAAUGCCAAUCGAUUUGCUCAGAAUUCCAAUGUCCUGCGAAUUCAGCCUGUGUAGCCAGACAGCAUCAAGGUAACUGUGAAUGUUUGUCAGGCUUCGUUGGAAAUCCAAAGGAUCGUAACGGUUGCCGAUUGGAACGACAAAAUCAAUGUUUGACGAGUGCCGAGUGCCCAGAAUCUGAAACGUGUGUCAAAAACAAUGAACUGGGAGUGUUCAUGUGUCGUCCAGCAUGCGAACAUGUUCAAUGUGGACCUCACGCUGUAUGCGUUACAAACAACCACGUAGCCAAAUGUCAAUGUCCACCUGGUCCAUAUGAUGGCGAUCCUUAUGAUAUGACUGGCGGAUGCAAAUCUGUUCCAUGUGUUUAUAACAUUGACUGCCCGCCGACCCAACUGUGUAACCGACUUACACACACCUGUUACGAUGUUUGCGAUGAAGAAUCUUGCGGUGAAAACGCAAUCUGUAUCGCAGAAGACCAUCGUGCUGUGUGUCAAUGUCCUCCGGGAUACAAAGGCGAUCCAAUUCCAGACGUUGGCUGCAAAUUGACAUCAUCCUGCGACGAAUGUGCAUCCAAUGCUGUGUGUGAACAUGGACCGAAUGGCGCAAUUUGUAAAUGUCCACCAGGUCUUAUUGGUUAUCCAACAACAACCGGAUGUUUCCCGAUUGGAACAUGCCCCAACGGCGAUGCAGAUUGUCCAAGCACGGCCUACUGUAUCAAUGGCCGAUGUGCUGAUAAGUGUGACAAAGCUUGUGGCCCGAAUAUGGUCUGCAAAAUUGAAAACGGCAAAGCGAACUGUGUAUGUCCGUACAAAUUCAAAUUCGUUUCGAAUGAAGCGCGUGACGGAUGUGCUAGAGAUACAAUUGGAUGUACCAGCGACAUUGAAUGCGAUGGAGGCGUUUGCUACAAUAAUCAAUGUUCUGUAGCCUGUCGAAAUGAAAAUGAUUGUGCGGAAAAUGAGAAUUGCAUACAAAACAUCUGUUUGGUGAAGUGUUCCAGCCACAGUCAGUGUCCAGCCAAUCAAGCCUGUACCAAUGGAGUAUGCGCCUUGGGAUGUCGUAGCAACAAGGACUGUUCUACAAACGAAGUGUGUUACAACAGCAAAUGCCAGAACCCAUGCGAAACGGCUGGAGUUUGCGGUCCUAAUGCUCUGUGCAAAUUUGAUAACCAUGUCACGUCCUGUAAAUGCCCCGUUGGAUUCGAAGGCAAUCCAACUCCCGAACAAGGCUGUGUACGUUUCCCAUCAUCUUGUACAGCCACAAAUCAAUGCCCAGCUGGACACAUGUGUAUCGGUAAUCAAUGUAACGUACCUUGCACCGACAACUUAUCUUGCGCCAUUGGUGAACGUUGCGCAAACAGUGUAUGCGCUAAAGUUUGUUACACAAACAACAAUUGCCUACCAGGUGAGAUUUGUAACGACAAAGGAACGUGUCAACCGGGUUGUGGAUCGGACAGUGAUUGUCCAGCAACACAAGUGUGCAUCAAUGGCAAGUGUAAAUGUGGAUCUGGAUUCAUUGGAACCCCAUUCGGUUGUUCAGAUAUCGAUGAAUGUACGGAAAAACCGUGUCAUCCGAGUGCGCGAUGCGAAAAUGCACCUGGUUCGUUCAGAUGUGUUUGUCCUGGUAAAACAGUUGGAGAUCCAUAUGGCAAUCCCGGAUGUGUACAACCGAAUCAAUGUAGUCGUGACGCUGAUUGUGCUGCUAAUUUGGCUUGCGUGCAAGGAAAAUGUACAGAUCCUUGCUCUGUAACACAAUGUGGAAGAAGUGCUCAAUGUCAAUCUGUGGAUCACAAAGCAUUGUGUCAUUGUCCAUCAGGUCAUCUAGGCGACCCAUUGGACAAAAGUAUUGGAUGCUUCAGAGUUGAAUGUAUCAACGACGAUGAUUGUGACUUGACCCGAACCUGUCUGGGUGAUUCGUACAAAUGUGCGAACCCAUGCGAUAACGUAAAUUGUGGUCGUGGAUCCUGUCAUGUUGAAAACCAUCAAGCCAUAUGCACUUGCUCGCCAGGAUACAUGAUUAUCGAGAAUAUUUGCCAGGACAUCGAUGAAUGCUCGAACAAUCCAUGCCAUCAAUCGGCUUAUUGUCGAAAUGCCCCAGGAAACUACGUUUGCUCGUGUCCCGAUGGCUUAGUUGGCGAUCCAAUUUCGACAGGAUGCCGUGCGCCUGGUGAAUGUUUCACAGACUCUGAUUGUCCUAGCAAUGCUGCGUGCGACAAUGCUCGAUGCACGAAUCCGUGUGAAAAUCCAAAUAUUUGCGGCAAGAAUGCAUUGUGCUCGGUUAGAGGUCAUUCGGCUGUGUGCAAGUGUCCUGGAAAUGCCAGAGGAGACGCACAUCAUGAAUGUGUCAUUGUUGAAUGUAGCGACAAUACAGACUGUGAUCCAUCCAAAUCUUGCAUCGAUUCGAAAUGUAUUGACCCGUGUUCGCUGUCUAACUCGUGCGGACAGAAUGCCAAUUGUUACGUGGAAAAUCAUAUCGGAAUCUGUUCGUGUCAUCCAGGUACAACAGGUAAUCCACUACUGGGAUGUGUUCCGGUGCAAUAUUGCAACAGCGAUAAUCAAUGCCAGGCAGGAACUAUUUGCAACAAUGGAAUCUGCUGUUCACUAUGCUCGUCGAAUCGAGAAUGUAUCAACGGACAACUUUGUCUACAAGGCGUCUGUCAACCUACUUGCAACAGUAACACCACUUGCCCCGACUUCCAAUACUGUCUGAAUAAUAUCUGCACCAAGGAAGUUAGAUGUCGCAGUGACAAUGACUGCGAUCCAACCGAGAAUUGUGUUCAAGAUUCAUACGGUCGUUCGGAGUGUAAGAAUUCAUGCGAUGGACGAACGUUGUGCGGUCGAAAUGCUGAAUGUAACGCUCGAAAUCAUAAUGCGGACUGUAGUUGCAAAGCUGGCUUUGCUGGUGAUGCAAAGGUCGGUUGCCGAAAGAUCGAAUGUGAAAGCGAUAAGGACUGCUCGAAUGAUAAGCUAUGCGACCAGAAUAUGUGUAAAAUUGCAUGCCUCGUAGGACGACCGUGCGGAGAAAAUGCAUUGUGUUCCGCUGAAAACCACAAGCAAGUUUGUUAUUGUCAACCGGGCUACAGUGGCGAUCCGCGUGUACGCUGUGACGCAGUCGAUUUUUGUCGCGAUGCUCCUUGUGGCCCUGGAGCUAAAUGUAAAAACAGUAAAGGUUCGUUCCAAUGUUCGUGUGGUCGCGGUUUGGUUGGCGAUCCAUAUAAUGAAGGAUGUCGCCCAGCAGUCGAAUGUUUGAGGAAUCAAGAUUGCCCGGAAAGUGCCGAAUGUGUCAAUGUACGAGGCGAACCGAAAUGUAGAGAUGUUUGCGAAGACAAAGUGUGUGGACCGAAUGCUGCUUGCGAAGCUGUCAAUCAUGUUAGCAGAUGUGUAUGCAGACCUGGAUACGAUGGGAAUCCUUUGGACAAUGGCAUCGGAUGCAGACCACUGCCCGUGCCAUGUCGACAAUCGUCAGAAUGUCCAGCUGAUUCGUACUGUUACAAUCAAAUUUGCAAGCCGACCUGCAACAAUGAUUUGGAAUGCGCUUUGAACGAAGUUUGCGAUCACAGCCAAUGCAUAAAUCCUUGCGAUCAACCGAAGGCAUGUGGAAUGAAUGCACAAUGUACAUGUAACAAUCACUAUAAGCAAUGCUCAUGCGCUCCUGGAUUUACUGGAGACUCUGCUAUUGAAUGUGUACGAAUUCCAACGUCUUGCGCCUCAAACCAAGAUUGUGCUGAGGGUGAUACAUGUCGAGAUUCAAUGUGUCUACCACGUUGCAGACUUGAUCAGGAUUGUGCUUUGAAUGAGAAAUGUCUACGUGGAAACUGUAUGCUGACAUGCCGUGUCGACAAUGAUUGCUUCCUCGGCCACAUUUGUCUCCAUAAUCGCUGUAUCUUUGCCUGUCACACCGAUGAAGAUUGCAGUGCUAGUGAAUCGUGUCGCAAUAAUACCUGCACUAAUCCAUGCAAAGAAAAUCCUUGCGGUCCAAAUGCUGUGUGCUCAGUUUCCAAUCAUCGAGCAACAUGCUCUUGCCUCACUGGUAUGGUACCAAGUCCAACUGCAGUGGUUGGCUGUGUACGUACUCCCGCACUGUCUUGUACCGAGAAUCGCGGGUGUCCAUCCAGCUACGGCUGUUUCGAUGGAUCGUGUCGACCAAUGUGUGCCAGUGAUUCAAACUGUCUGAGCAAUGAACGCUGUGAGCGAGGAUCUUGCAAACCUUUAUGUCGUCGUGAUGAUGAUUGCAGAAAUGGUGAAAUUUGCCAAGGUCUUAUUUGCUCGGCUGGAUGUCGGUCGGAUGACGAUUGUCCUCUAAACCUAGGAUGCAUCAAUCAACAAUGUGUCGAUCCAUGUGUUGGCGGUACAACUUGCGGUACAAAUGCUGAAUGUCGAUGUGUUAAUCACAAGAAGCAAUGUACUUGCCCUCCACCACUUGUAGGCGAUGCCAACAUUGGAUGUAAAUUCCCGACAACUAUUUGCGGACAACACAACGAUUGUCCACCGAAUCACUCUUGCUAUGGAAAUGUAUGCCAGGCCACUUGUCGUGGCGAUCAAAAUUGCUUGUCUGACGAACGAUGUGUACGUGGAGUUUGUCGAGCUAUUUGCAAUAGUGAUGCUUCGUGUGGUCAAGGACAAAUUUGUGAGAAUCGUUUGUGUCAAAUCGGAUGCAGAAGUGAUAAUGUGUGCCCGAGUGAUCAAGCGUGUAUCAACAAUCAAUGUACUAAUCCAUGUACAACCACUGGCCAAUGUGGUACAUGUGCAGACUGUUCUGUUAUCAAUCACGGUGUUCAAUGCAGUUGCCCUGCUGGUUUCCUCGGAAACGCUCUAUCAGCAUGCACACUGCCGUUACAGAGAUGCAACUCAUAUUGUCAAUGUGACGAAGCCGGUGUAUUCUGCGCAGAAACGUGUAACACGAAUAAUGAAUGCUCCUGCGGACAAAUCUGCUCUCGUGGUAAAUGCCGAACAAAAUGUAAUCCCGGAGCUUGUCCAGCUGGCCAACUUUGUCAAAAUGGAGCUUGCAUUGCCGGUUGCCGUUCGAAUUUGGACUGUUCCAAUGAUCGAUCGUGCAUCAAUGGACAGUGCUUGGACCCGUGUCUCCGUGACAAUGCUUGCGGAAAGAAUGCUCUCUGUAAAGUGUCUGAACAUCGAACAAUUUGCUUAUGUCCCGAUGGCUUCCAAGGCGAACCUGUCAAAGGAUGUUUACCCUACGAAUGCCAAACGAAUGACGACUGCGAAUACGACAAACUGUGUGAGAGUGGCUCCUGUAAAAACCCAUGUCUCCAGCCCGGAGCAUGCGGUAUAAAUGCCCAAUGUCGUGUUGUAAAUCGUCACGCCCAAUGUUCGUGCCCACCAGGACACUAUGGAAAUCCAGCUCUCGAAUGUUCGCCACAAAUCAUUGGUGCCUGUGCUCGAAAUCCGUGUGGUGAAAAUGCCAGAUGCCGUGAAGUGAAUGACGGAUAUGAAUGCAGUUGUGCACCGGGAUGUGUUGGUGAUCCUCGCAGUGGAUGCAUAUGCGGUGGGCAACAAGUCAAUUUAUGUGCCGAUCAAUCUUGCGGUCGAAAUGCCGCUUGUAGAGUAUUGAAUCACAAUGAACCGGAAUGUUACUGUCCGCCAGAAUUCCCGAAUGGUGAUCCGUACAUUGAAUGCAAUCAAUACCGAGACAAUUCAGGAGAUUGCCAGAUCAAGGGAUGUCCGACAGGUGAAUGUGUUCAACAAGGAAAUGGUUAUGUUUGCCGACAAGACAAGGAGUGCUCCAGCGAUAUUGAUUGUGCCGGCGAAAAAGCAUGUUUGAAUGGAUUCUGUUCGGAUCCAUGUUCGAUUCGAGGCGCAUGCGGUGAAAAUGCAUUAUGCCAAACGGUCUUACACCGACCGCGAUGCUCUUGUCCCAAUUGCUAUGUCGGACGACCGGAUAUCGAAUGCAAAGCAGAUCCCGUUUGUGAAGGCUUAACAACAGAGACACCCCGUCCUGCCGAUACAAUGCUAUGCGCUAGUGACACUGAUUGUCCCGAUUGGUUGCGCUGUGAUCGAUAUGGCCAAUGUUCCGAUCCGUGCGAUGAUGUUACAUGCGUUGAUAACAAGAAAUGCGAACCACGAAAACACCGACCGGUGUGCGUGUGUAAAUUUGGAUUCGUUGUGAACGAGAAUGGUGAAUUGAUAUGCGCACCUGACAAACGCGAAUGUUCGCGUGACGAUGAAUGUGCCUCGAAUAUGGCAUGCAUCGAAAUGAGAUGCAAGAAUCCAUGCAUCGUAACGGCUAAUCGACAACCGCCUUGUCCGACUGAUAAAUCAUGUCUAGUCCAAGAUCACAAGCCAGUCUGCAUAUGCAUGAAGGACUGCAGCCCAUCGAUAUCUAUAUGCUUGCGUGACAGUGGAUGUCCUGCGGGUUUAGCUUGUCGAAACUUUCAAUGCAUUAAUCCAUGCGACUUUGCUUCAUGUGCUGCUAAUUCACCUUGCUUUGUGGAAGACCAUAAACCCAUAUGCAAAUUCUGUCCACAGGGAUUCAUUGCUGAUGCACGAAAUGGAUGUCAAAAAGAAAUUGGAUGUACGUCAAGUUCGGACUGUCCAUUGCAAAGUGCGUGCAUUAAUGCACUUUGUGUUGACCCAUGCAAAUUUACUGAUCUAUGUUCAGCCGAACAAGAAUGUCGCGUGGAGAAUCAUCAACCGGUUUGCUUGAAGGUUUGCGAAUGCCAAACCGAUAGAGAUUGUCAUGGAGAAGCUAAAUGCGAUGGCUGCAACUGCUUAUCUCAACGUGAUCCUGGCUUUGGUUGCGAACAUUGUCCACCAGGUGUGCGAUGCGAUCCGAUCACCGGAGCGUGCAUAAAAGACAAAACAACACCUACCACUCCAAAAACAUUAACCGAAGUAACCCAAACCGAUAGUACCUUAACCACCACUGAAAUUACUAAUUCAAUUCCAACGACAACGGAAAAUGAUCUCGAAAACUUCGAAACGAAAACCAUGAAAACGAUGAACGUGGAACGGACGACGGUCGGUUCGACUAAAGCGAACGAUUCAAACGAAACUGGAUUGAAUAAGGGCCCACGAGUUGGCGAAAACAAUAUCACAGACACGUAUCCGAGAACAACGGUUGGAUUGGAUGAUAAUGAAUUCUCUAGUGUUGUCGAUGAUAACGUUACCACUACGACGGAAAGUGGCGACAUAACAACCACUCAAUCGAGUACAGAUGCUACAACUAUGUUUGACAAUGAACCAGAUUUUACGCGCAGCGAUUCGGUUAUAACUAAAUCGUCAAAAUCGCCUGGCGCUUCAACUGAGCCGAUAACUACAAUUGAUGUAACUACUACCACCGAGUCCGAUAUUACAACUGAACCUAUUUCUGAAUUUACACCAACAACCGUAACCACGGUAAAAGUUUCAACUAAUCGAACCACUGCGAAAGAUGUACCAACCACUAAAUCCGUGAACAUGAGCUUUGAGCCUACAACUGAAUCGGAUGAUUCAUUCCGUAUGAUGGACACAACGAAAAGUGUUGAUGGGACAACGCACUCAGAAAAUACGAGAAAAACCACAAGAAUUGAUACAUCAUUAGAGCACGAAGAUGAAUCGACAACGCGGACAACUGUUGGUGUCACCGAAACCACAACCGAUGCAUCGACAAUACUAACAACUAAUGAUGAUGCCGUUGCUCGCACAGAAAUCGCAAUAAUCGAUUCGGUAACGAAUGCAAUAACCAAAAAAUGUAACCGCACCACCGAUUGCACUGCAAAAGAACAGUGUGUGGAUGGUCGUUGUUUAACAAUAUGCGAUGCUAACAAUAACAUCAACUGUAUAAAAGAACCCAGCGGAACAACGAAAGUAUUCGAUCCAUGUCAAUCGGAUAAUGAUUGCAUCGAAACGGAAACCUGUUAUCGCGGUUUUUGCCAAAAUCCAUGCGAAAUGGAUAGUGUUUGCGCACCGUCGGCUAAAUGCAAAGCAAUCAAACAUCGUCCGAUGUGUUCAUGUCCGGAUCGAUACCAAGGAAAUCCAGCUGUAAAGUGUACACCGGUUCUGCCACUGCAAUGCACACGAAACGAAGAUUGUCCUCACACUGAGGCCUGUAUAGCAAACAUGUGUCAAAGACCAUGUGAUGUACAUAAUCCAUGCGCCUACAAUGCGGUCUGUGUCAAUGUGAACCACGGCUCAGACUGCAGUUGUCGCGAAGGUCUUGCCGGCGACGGCUAUGUGGGAUGCAAGCCAGUCAAUACCUACCUGCCGAACAUUUGCCAUUACAACGAAGAUUGUCCACCUGACAAACUCUGUGACCGUUUGAAUCGUAUAUGUAUCAACCCUUGUUUGGAAGACUCAUGUGGUGACAAUGCUGAAUGUUUCCCCGUUAAUCACGGUAUUGAAUGUCGAUGCUAUCAAGGCUUUGUCGGUAACCCAUACAUUGAGUGCAAUCAACUGCAAGGAUGUCGCUCCGAUUCGGAGUGUAGCUCAAACGAAGCUUGUAUCAAUGGAGAGUGUGCUUCUCCAUGCCAAUGCGGUGCCUAUGCACUUUGUGAUGUCGUUAAUCAUAGAGCAACUUGUAAAUGUCCACCCGGAUAUUCUGGCAAUGGUAAAAGUGGAUGUCAACCUCCUAAGAACCCGUGCGAUCCAAAUCCUUGCGGAGUUGGUGCAUUGUGUGAAUUGGAUCGUGGUAACCCAAUUUGUUUCUGUCCAAAAGGACUCACUGGAAAUCCUUUCAAGAAUUGCAUUCCUGAAGGUGAUGAAUGUACUCCGAAUCCCUGUGGCCCGAACAGUGGCUGUCGCCGUGUCAACGGUCAACCACUUUGUUUCUGUUUACCAGAAUUCGAAGGCAAUCCUCCACAAACUCCAUGUGCACUGCCACAAAAUCCAUGUAGUCCAUCACCUUGCGGACCGAACACUCAAUGUACGAUAUUGGGUAACGGUUUUGCCAAGUGUACAUGUCUUCCCGGCUAUAUCGAAUCACCAAACACAAUACGUGGCUGUGUUGAACCCAAAAAUCCAUGUGAACCAAAUCCUUGCGGUCCUGGUGCUGUGUGCGAUUCAUCUCGAAAUCCUGUUUGUUCAUGUCCGGAACCACUAGUCGGAAAUCCGUUCAGGGAAUGCACAACUCCAAUUGUCACACAAGAACUCUGUCAACCCGGCCCUUGUGGACGGAAUGCUGAUUGUUAUGUUUCAAAUAAUCGCGAACAGUGCUUCUGUCAGCAAGGUUACAUUGGUGAUCCAUACGUCGGUUGCCGAGAACCACCGAGAAGUCCAUGCGAACCAAAUCCAUGUGGUCCAGGUGCACAGUGCAUUGUUACUCCUGAUGGUCAAAGCAUGUGCAGAUGUCCGGAUGGUCUAGGCGGUGAUCCAACAAGUGUAACUGGAUGUCAUGGCUAUGAGUGUUUGGUUGAUGACGAUUGCGGCCUCCAAGAGGCUUGCAUUAGUUUCAGAUGCCGCGAUCCAUGUCCUGGCUCUUGUGGAGCAAAUGCCUACUGUAAAGUCGAGAAACACCAUCCUGUGUGCUUCUGUGAACGAGGUCUGAUUGGCAAUCCGUUGAUUCAGUGCUAUGCUCAAGAUGAACCCCAGGAUACACCUUGCAAUCCGAGUCCUUGCGGAGCGAAUACAUAUUGUACUGUGCUCAAUAAUCGUCCCGUUUGUUCAUGUCUCCCUGACUACUUGGGUGAACCACAUACCGGUUGCCGACCAGAAUGUGUAUUGAACUCAGAUUGUCCACAAGGCAAAAGCUGUAUCAACAAACGGUGUGAGAAUGCUUGCAUCGGUUCCAUUUGCGGUAUAAAUGCUGAAUGUCGCGUAUCAUAUCACACGGCAACUUGUUCGUGUCUAAACGGCUAUAUGGGCAAUGCAUUCAUCCAUUGCCUACCAAUUACGAAUACAACAUCGCAACCGUGUCAUUCCGAUCCGUGUGGUGCCAAUAACGUUUGUAAUGUGUACGGAAAUAAUGUUGCGUUGUGUGAUCCAUGCGCCGGACCGAAUUCGUACAAUGAUCCACAAUGUCGACCUGAAUGUCUAUCGAACACAGAUUGUCCAUUCGACAAAGCUUGCAUACGGAACAGAUGUCAGGAUCCAUGUCCAGGAGUUUGUGGAGUAAACGCCAUUUGCUCCGUGUACAAUCACAAUCCGGUUUGCACGUGUCCACAAGGACUUUACGGUAAUCCUUUCGCUCACUGCUCGGUCAUCGAUGAUGAACCAGAAACGUGUGAUACCAUCCGAUGCGGACCGAACGCCGAGUGUCGCCAACAAAACGGUGUUUUGGCCUGUGUUUGCCUCAAAGACUACUAUGGCGAUCCGUUGAGUGGAUGUAGACCGGAGUGUGUUAUCAAUCCUGAUUGCCCGGCAGACAAAGCAUGUUCCAAUUUGAAAUGUGUUAAUCCUUGCAUCGGAGCCUGUGGUGUCAAUGCACAAUGUCAAGUCGUUAAUCAUGUGGCAGUUUGUUAUUGUCCACCACAUCAUACUGGCGAUGCACUCGUUUCAUGUGUCAAAGAAGAAGUACAACAAGUUCCACCAAUUAAUCCAUGUGAACCCUCACCGUGUGGCCCGAACAGUCGUUGUUUGGUGUCCGAAAGCCGAUAUGCAGUGUGCUCUUGUUUACCUGGAUACCGUGGAAGUCCACCAGUUUGUCAACCAGAAUGUACAGCGAGCUACGAAUGCCCCCAGAAUCGUGCGUGUGUUAAUCUUAAGUGUAUCGAUCCAUGCCCUGGUACGUGCGGAGUAGGAGCUCGUUGUGAAGUCAUCAGUCACAAUCCAAUCUGUAGCUGUCCUAAUGGCAAAGGAAAUCCGUUCGUGUCUUGUGUUUAUGAGGAAGAAAGAACACCGGAACCAAAUCUACCAGAAAAUCCAUGCUCUCCGUCACCAUGCGGACCAUUCUCGAUAUGUCAAAUCAAACAAGGCCGACCAGUGUGCUCGUGCGUUGAAAAUUACAUUGGAAGUCCGCCCUACUGUCGACCAGAGUGUGUUCUCAGUGAUGAUUGUCCUCAGAACAAGGCCUGCAUACGUGAAAAAUGUCAAGAUCCUUGCAUCAAUUCUUGCGGACCAAACGCCGAAUGUCAUGUCGUCGCCCAUUCCGCUUAUUGUAGCUGUAAAACAGGUUAUCAAGGUGACGCUUUCAUCGGCUGUAACAGGAUUCCGGAGCCAAUUGUUGAGGUCCGAGACCCGUGCGUGCCAUCUCCCUGCGGAGAAAAUGCUGAAUGUACGGAACGCAACGGUGUGGCCAGAUGUACAUGCAUUCCACCAUACAUUGGUGACGCUUACACAACUGGUUGUCGUCCCGAAUGUGUAUUCAAUGCUGACUGUGCCAGCAAUUUGGCUUGCAUCAAACAGUAUUGCCGUGAUCCGUGCCGUGGAGUCUGUGGACAAAAUGCUGAAUGUUCUGUUGUCAACCACAUCCCCGUUUGUACUUGCGAGAGAGGCUAUGAAGGCGAUCCAUUUAUUGGCUGCCGAGCAAAGGAAGAAUCACGUCAACCACCGAAAAAUCCAUGCGAACCAUCACCGUGCGGUCCGAACUCGAAUUGCCGCGUGCAAGGCGAUCGUCCAAUUUGCUCAUGCAAGGUCGGAUACUUGGGAUCACCGCCUGGCUGUCGACCAGAAUGUGUUGUUAGCUCAGAGUGUGAUCAUAAUUUUGCUUGCAUUAGUCAAAAAUGCAGGGAUCCAUGUCCUGGAACUUGUGGAGCUGGAGCAAGAUGUCAAGUAGUGAACCACAAUCCGAUUUGCAGUUGCCCAAAUAACUAUGUCGGCGAUCCGUUCGAACAAUGUGUACCGAUGAUCCACCACGAACCAGUGAACCCGUGUCAACCAAGUCCUUGCGGCCCCAACUCCGAAUGUCGUGAACACGAAAACCGUGCCGUAUGUUCUUGCGCCCGUGACAUGCUUGGAGCACCGCCGAACUGUCGACCCGAAUGUGCCAUUCAUGAAGACUGUCCAUCGAACCGAGCGUGCCAGAAUCAGAAAUGUGUUGAUCCUUGUAUCGGUUCUUGCGGCUGGUCUGCAAGAUGUACCGUGCAAAAUCAUAGACCGAUCUGUACGUGCAUCGAAGGUUAUGAAGGUGAUCCAUAUGCAAGCUGUACUGAGAAGAGGGUUGUAUAUCCUAUUGAAAUUGUGCAUCCAUGUAAUCCGUCACCAUGCGGACCGAAUGCUAUAUGUAGAGAACAGAAUGGUGCUGGCUCUUGCGCUUGUAUACAAAACUAUUACGGCGAUCCAUAUAUCGGAUGUAGACCUGAAUGUAUUCAGAACUCCGAUUGUCCGCAUGACAAAGCUUGCUUCAAUACGAAAUGUGUGAACCCUUGUCCGGGCACUUGUGGCCAAAACGCCGUCUGUAAUGUGGCAAAUCAUGUUCCGAUUUGUUCGUGUAUCGGUGGAUACACCGGUAAUGCGUUAGUUGAUUGUCAUCGAAUACAAAUCAUCGAACACAUCGAACCUCAAUAUCCUUGCCGCCCGUCUCCAUGUGGACCGUUCAGUAUUUGUCGUGAAAUCGAUGACCGUGCAAUUUGUUCGUGUCAACCAAAUUAUAUUGGUGGACCGCCAAAUUGUCGGCCAGAAUGUACGACAAGUUCGGAAUGUUCUCGGGAUAAAUCUUGUGUGAAUACAAGAUGCGUCGAUCCGUGUCCAGGUGUUUGUGGUCAUAACGCCAGAUGUCGUGUGACAAAUCACAAUCCGAUUUGUAGUUGCAAUCCAGGAUUUGUGGGCGAUCCAUUUGUGCAAUGUAUUCGCGAAAAACCACCAAUCAUCUAUGACGAUCCGAAUCCUUGUCUGCCAAACCCUUGCGGACCGAACUCUGUAUGCCGAGCUCACGAAUCACAGCCGGUUUGCUCGUGUAUACCAAAUUACAUCGGACGUCCACCUAAUUGUCGACCAGAGUGUACGGUCAACUCUGAGUGUCCCAGUAACAAAGCAUGUAUAAACGAAAAAUGUCGUGACCCGUGUAUUGGCGCAUGUGCGUUCAAUGCUGAAUGUCACGUACAUUCUCACAUACCUCGGUGUACUUGUAGCGUCGGAUACGAAGGUGAUCCAUUCUCUGGCUGCCAUAAAAUCGUUCCAAUUAAAGCUGAAAUUCCACAUCCUUGCAAUCCGUCUCCUUGCGGAGCUAAUGCUAUUUGUAAAGAACGGAACGGAGCUGGUUCAUGUUCGUGUAUUCCUGAAUACUUCGGCGAUCCAUAUGUUGAAUGUCGCCCCGAAUGUGUCAUGAAUAGUGACUGUCCGAUGAACCGUGCUUGUAGCAACAACAAGUGCGUUGAUCCUUGCCCGGGAUUAUGUGGCCAAAACGCUCUCUGCCAAGUUGCCAAUCAUAAUCCAACGUGUUAUUGCGUUGACGGUUACAUAGGCGAUCCGUUCGUUCGGUGUAAUCCACCACCAAUACAAUUCGAACCCAUCGGCGAUCCUUGCGUACCAUCUCCUUGUGGCCCAUUCAGUCAAUGUAGAACAGUUAACGAACAUGCCGUCUGUUCGUGCUUACCAAAUUACAUUGGAGCUGCUCCGAAUUGUCGACCCGAAUGCGUUGUCAGUUCCGACUGUACGCUUGAUCGGUCAUGCAUCAACAUGAAAUGUAAAGAUCCCUGUCCAGGAACUUGUGGCUUGCACGCUCGAUGUCGUGUCGUCAAUCAUAAUGCUAUCUGUAGUUGUAAUCCUGGAUUCGUGGGUGAUCCAUUUGUGAGAUGUCUUAAAGAGGAAGAAAAAAAACCUGUAGUACAUGAUGAUCCUUGCUAUCCGAGUCCGUGCGGACCGAAUAGCAAUUGUCGUGUGAUCGGUCAAACUGGCGUUUGUUCAUGUCUUGAGAAUUAUGUCGGUCGCCCUCCGAAUUGUCGACCGGAAUGCACACUCGAUUCUGAAUGUCCACGUAAUUUAGCAUGUAUCAAUGAGAAAUGUAAAGAUCCCUGUCCGGGAAGUUGUGGUAGUUACACCACUUGUACGGUUAAUAAUCAUCAACCAUUUUGUGUAUGCUAUGAACAAUAUACGGGUGAUCCGUUCUCAUCGUGCACACCAAUAAUUCAACGUGAACCCGAAAUUGCUGAACCGUGUAACCCAAGUCCUUGCGGAGCGAAUGCUCUCUGUAAAGAACGUAACGGUGCUGGUUCAUGCGUCUGUCUACCAGAAUAUCACGGAGAUCCUUACGUUGAAUGUCGACCAGAGUGUGUAAUGAACUCUGACUGUCCGAAAUCCAGGGCUUGCAUUAAUAACAAAUGUAAAGAUCCGUGCCCCGGAGUGUGUGGCCAAUCAGCUGAAUGCCAUGUGGCUAAUCAUUCGCCCUAUUGUUCAUGUUUUGCUGGAUACACAGGCAAUCCGUCAAGCGCCUGCCACUUAAUACCGAUAUUGCCUGAACCUACCAUUGAUGAACCGUGUAAUCCAUCGCCAUGCGGACCAUACAGUCAAUGCCGUAAUAUAAACGGUCAUGCUGUUUGUUCUUGCUUGAGUAAUUACAUCGGUACACCGCCGUCUUGUCGACCAGAAUGUGCUUCUAGCUCGGAAUGUUCACUUGACAAAGCGUGCAUUAAUCAAAAAUGUGUAGAUCCAUGUCCAGGUGUAUGCGGACGAAAUGCACGUUGUCAAGUGACCAACCACAAUCCAAUAUGCAGUUGUUCGCCCGGUUUCCGUGGUGAUCCGUUUGUACAAUGCUUGCCCGAAGAAAGUAAGCUUCAACUGUCGCUUUUUGUGUGUUUUAUUUAUACUUUUCUAUGCAUGUUUCUUUCUUCCACUUUCAUCUAUGGUGUAGAACGACCUAUCUUAUAUGAACCGCCAGAAAAUCCUUGCUUACCGAAUCCAUGCGGACCAUACUCCAACUGUCGCGUUGUUGGUCAAACAUCAGCCUGUUCGUGCUUGCCAAACUAUAUUGGUCGACCGCCACAAUGUCGACCUGAAUGUACAAUAGAUUCUGAAUGUUCUGCUAAUCUUGCAUGCAUAAAUCAACGUUGUAAAGAUCCGUGCGUCGGCUCUUGUGGCAUUUCGACUGUAUGUACUGUUGUAAAUCAUUCACCUAUUUGUACAUGUCAGUACUUAUAUACUGGUGAUCCAUUUUCGGGUUGUUAUCCGGUGCCAAUAAAAGAUGAAGUUCUGCAACCAUGUAAUCCCAGUCCUUGUGGAGCAAAUGCCGUUUGCAAAGAACAAAAUGGUGCCGGCUCAUGUACAUGUCUGCCAGAAUACUUCGGUGAUCCUUACAGUGGCUGUCGCCCAGAAUGUGUAACUAAUAACGAUUGUCCAUCCGACCGAGCAUGUUUGAACAACAAAUGUAAAGAUCCAUGCCCAGGUGUCUGUGGCCAAAAUGCUCUUUGUCAUGUUUCCAAACAUGCGCCCAGUUGUACAUGCUUGGAAGGUUAUACUGGCAAUCCGUUUAGUUCUUGUCAUGAACCACCUCCACCGAAACAAAAUAUUCAACCCUGCGUACCGUCACCAUGUGGACCGAACAGUCAAUGUCGCGAAGUCGACAAUCAUGCCGUAUGUUCUUGUUUGCCGAACUACAUCGGCUCAGCACCAAACUGUCGUCCCGAAUGUGUAGUCAGUUCCGAAUGUGCCCAAGACAAGGCAUGUGUGAAUAAGAAAUGUCAAGAUCCUUGCCCGGGCACAUGUGGACAAAAUGCACGUUGCCAGGUCGUUAACCAUAAUCCGAUCUGCUCCUGUUCACCAGGUUUUACGGGCGAUCCAUUCGUUCGAUGUGAACAUAAAAUACAACACACACCAGUUGUAAUUGGUACAUGUUCGCCUAGUCCUUGCGGCCCACAUUCACAGUGUCGUGUUGUGGGCGAUACACCAGUAUGUUCAUGUUUACCGAAUUACAUUGGACGGGCGCCAAACUGUCGACCCGAAUGCAUGAUUAAUGCCGAAUGUCCGGCUAAUUUAGCAUGUAUCAGUGAAAGAUGUAAAGAUCCUUGCAUCGGUGUUUGUGGUAGAUUCACAACGUGUACCGUAUUGAAUCAUAAUUCGAUGUGUCAUUGUGUGGCUGGAUAUACGGGCGAUCCGUUUACUGGAUGUACAGAAAUUAUACGGAUACAACCAACAGAGCAACCUACAAACCCUUGUAAUCCUAGUCCAUGUGGAGCGAAUGCCGUGUGUAAGGAACGCAAUGGAGCUGGUUCAUGCGCGUGUCUUCCCGAUUACUUUGGUGAUCCAUAUAGUGGCUGUCGACCUGAAUGCAUUCAAGACUCCGAAUGCGAUCGAUUGAGAGCAUGUGUGAACAAUAAAUGUGUUGAUCCGUGCAUUGGUGUAUGUGGAGUAAAUGCUGAAUGUCGUGUGCAAAAUCAUUCACCAAAUUGCAUGUGCAUCCCCGGAUACACUGGUAAUCCGAUCGGCGUUUGCACAAAAAUAGAAACUCCGCCACUAGUAGAACGCGAUGAACAGCCAUGUAAUCCAUCGCCUUGCGGUCCUUACAGUCAAUGCAGAGAAGUAAACGGCCAUUCCGUAUGCUCCUGUCUGCAAGGCUACAUUGGAGCACCACCACAAUGUCGACCAGAAUGUACAACGAGCAGUGAAUGUUCGUCUACUCAGGCGUGUACCAAUCAAAAGUGCAUUGAUCCCUGCCCAGGCACGUGUGGUCUAAAUGCCCGGUGUGAAGUGUACAAUCACAGCCCCAUAUGCAGUUGUGGUCCAGAUCAUACAGGCGAUCCAUUCCGAAGCUGUCAACCGAUUAUACAUGAAAUAGAGAAGGUUGAGACACCACGUGAUCCGUGUCAACCGAAUCCUUGUGGUCCUUCGUCCACUUGCCGAAAUCAUGGUGGUACACCUACGUGUCAGUGCUUACAAGGAUAUAUUGGAGCACCGCCAAACUGCCGACCCGAAUGCGUUAUUAACGAUGAUUGUUCAGCUAGAUUGGCUUGCAUCAAUAAUAAGUGCAAAGAUCCAUGUCCCGGUUCUUGUGGCGUAAAUGCCGAGUGCUCGGUUCAUAGUCACACCGUGUCAUGUCAGUGUCCAACUGGUUACACUGGUAACCCGUUCGUUCAAUGCUUAUUUGUCCAAAAGGACGAGAAGCCCAUCAACCCAUGCGAUCCAUCGCCUUGUGGACCAAAUAGUGAAUGCAUCCAACGUAAUGGUGCUGGAUCAUGUAAAUGCAUCCAGGAUUAUACAGGAAAUCCAUAUGAAGGCUGUCGACCCGAAUGUGUUUUGAGCUCUGAUUGUCCAACGCACAAGGCCUGCAUCAGAAACAAAUGUAAAGAUCCUUGUCCAGGAGUUUGCGGUUUAAAUGCUCAAUGUAUACCGGUCAAUCAUAUUCCAACGUGCAUUUGCAUAGACGGAUAUGUUGGCAAUCCAUUGGUAUCAUGCCAAGAACCACCCAAAAUCGAUCAGACACCACUCGAUCCCUGCCAACCUAGCCCGUGUGGACCAAAUAGUAAAUGUCGUGUAGUCAACGAUAUUGCUGUCUGUUCGUGUGUUGACGAAUACAUCGGAUCGCCGCCGAAUUGCAGACCUGAAUGUACAGUCAAUUCUGAAUGUCCUCAGAAUAAAGCUUGUCAUAAAUUCAAGUGCGCCAAUCCUUGUGUGGGAACGUGUGGAGUUAAUGCCCGGUGCGAAGUUAUCAACCAUAAUCCAAUAUGUAGCUGUCCAUCGAAUAUGACUGGAGAUCCGUUUAUUCGUUGCACACCGAUUCCCAAAGCCGAUCCGGAACAACCAAAAGUACCCAUCAAUCCUUGCUAUCCAUCACCAUGCGGAAGUUUCGCCGAAUGUAGAGCAAUAGGCGAAACACCAUCAUGUUCCUGUUUACCAAACUAUUUCGGAGCACCGCCGAAUUGUCGACCAGAAUGUGUUGUCAAUACUGACUGUCCAUCCGACAAGUCGUGUAUUGCCGAAAAGUGUAGAAAUCCUUGUGAAGGAUCUUGUGGGUGGAAUGCUGAAUGUCGUGUACAAAAUCACAUUCCCAUUUGCCAAUGCCGAACAGGAUUUACCGGCGAUCCGUUUACACAGUGUUCCGAAAUUCAAAUCAUUCGAGAUCCCAUCGUAACUUCUCCAUGUGAUCCAUCGCCAUGCGGUUCGAAUGCUGAUUGCAAUGAUGGUGUUUGCACAUGUAGACACAACUACUUCGGUGAUCCGUAUUCGGGAUGCCGCCCUGAAUGCACUAUGAAUACUGACUGUUCACCGCAAAAGACUUGCAUAAAUAAUCGUUGUGUCGAUCCAUGUCCAGGAACUUGUGGAGAAAAUGCUCGCUGUGAUGUUUCCAAUCACAUACCAAGUUGUAGUUGCCCACCUGGUUACACCGGAGACGCUUUCGUUUUGUGUAGAAGAGAAGAACAAGUGCAGAAAGAUCCAUGCGGUUUUUGUGGACAAAAUGCAGUGUGUCGAAUCAGUCAAAAUGGCAUACCAGGAUGCUCAUGCCUUCCUGGAAUGAUUGGAAGUCCACCGUCGUGUCGACCAGAAUGUUUAUCCAGCGGAGACUGUCCAUUAGAACAGGCUUGUCUCAAUCAAAAAUGCGUGGAUCCAUGCCCUGGAACAUGUGGCAGCAAUGCCAAAUGUAAAGUGAUCAAUCACAAUCCGAUCUGUACCUGUGCAACUGGCUUCACUGGCGAUCCGUUCACACGUUGCUAUGCCGAAAUUAUCGAUAACGAUCCUCCACCGAAAUUGAAUCCAUGCCAUCCGAGCCCGUGCGGACCGAACGCUGAAUGCAAAGUCAUUCGUGAAACUGCAGCAUGCUCAUGUCUGGCAAAUUACAUCGGUUCACCGCCGAACUGUCGACCAGAGUGCACCAUCAAUCCCGAGUGUCCGAGAGAUAAAGCUUGUAUGCGACAACGAUGUGUGGAUCCAUGUCCUGGAAUUUGCGGAGUUAACGCACGUUGCACGGUUAUUAAUCACACACCAUCUUGUUCCUGUGAUAUUGGCUACACCGGCGAUCCGUUCACCAAUUGCGUGCUGAAGCAGGAACCACCUGUGGAUCCUCCUGUUCAAGAUCCUUGCGUACCUUCGCCUUGUGGAGCCAACGCUCGUUGUCGUGUUGAAAAUAACUACGCAAUUUGUGAAUGUAUCCAGGAAUACCACGGCAAUCCGUACGAUGGAUGUCGUCCGGAAUGUGUUAGCAAUUCUGAAUGUCCAAUGAACCGUGCUUGCAUCCGGAAUAAGUGUCAAGAUCCAUGCAUUGGAACUUGUGGCGUAGAAGCUCAAUGCUCAGUAACCAAUCAUAUACCGAUUUGUACAUGUCCGCCGGGUACUACAGGUGACGCGUUUAGACAAUGCAUAGCCUAUGUUGAAAAAGAUAUUCCGGUUCACGUUGCCGAUCCGUGCUAUCCAAGUCCUUGCGGUCAAAAUACAGUCUGUCGCCGUUCUCAAAAUCGCGCCGUCUGCGAAUGUAUACCUGGAUAUUAUGGAAAUCCAUCCGGCAGUGGAUGUCAUGCUGAAUGUACAAUCAGUGCUGAUUGUUCGCGUGAUAAGGCUUGUGUCAAUAACAAAUGCGUGGAUCCAUGCCCAGGUGUUUGUGGACAAAAUGCAUUGUGCCAUACAGUCAAUCAUAAACCAACCUGCUCAUGUCCAAACACAAUGGUUGGCGAUCCAUUCGUUCAAUGUCGACCAGCUGUUACUUAUCCAGCUGAUCCAUGCAAUCCAUCACCUUGUGCGCAAAACGGACAUUGUCGCGUGAUAAACGGAGCGGCUAUUUGCACAUACCCAGAAUGUAUAACAAAUGACGAUUGUUCGUCGGACCGUGCCUGUUUCAAUCAAAAGUGUAGCGAUCCUUGCGUAAACGCAUGCGGAAUCAAUGCCAUUUGCCACGGUAUUAAUCACAAGGCAGUAUGUUCAUGCCCGCCAGGAUUCUUCGGAUCACCUUACGUACAGUGUUUGGAAGAACGACAGCCAACGAUAAAACCGGAAUGUGAACGAGAUUCGGACUGUACCAAUGACAAGGCUUGUAUCAAUCAACAAUGUCGCAAUCCGUGUGCAGAGGGCAACGUUUGUAGUGCGAAUGCAGAAUGUCAUGUUCAAUUCCAUCGGCCGAUUUGUGUGUGUCGUGAAGGUUUCACCGGAAAUGCUCAGACUGCUUGCUAUGAAAUUGGAUGUCGAUCCGAUUCGGAUUGUCCGGUGACACAAGCUUGCAUCAAUCGAGAGUGUGUCGACACAUGCGAACGAACUCAAUGCGGCCAGAAUGCUUACUGUCGAUCUGACUUCAAUCAUCGUGCAAGAUGCUACUGCUUGGACGGCUAUAGAGGCAAUCCGUUGGUGAAAUGCGACCGACCGGAAUGUACACGCGACGAAGAAUGCCCGUUCAAUUUAGCUUGCAAGAAUGAAAAAUGUCGCGAUCCUUGUGAUUGUGGUGUCGGUGCCCAGUGUCGUGUUGAUAAUCAUCGAGCUUCAUGCAAAUGUCCACCAGGAUAUAAUGGUGAUCCACAUGUUGCAUGCACGAGAAUUCCAGUUGAACACAGUCCACAAUGUUCGAUGGAUGCUGAUUGUCCGAGCAAACUGGCUUGCUUCAGUGGCGUAUGUAAAAAUCCUUGCUACGAGACAAAACCAUGCGGAAGUCACGCAACUUGUUCGGUCGUCGAUUCACUGCCACUGCGAACAAUGGUUUGUCAAUGUGACCCUGGUUAUAUUGGUGAUGCGGACGUAGCCUGUCGAUUAGCUCCACAAAAGGACACAAACCCAUGCGUAGAAGCCAAUCCAUGUGCUCCGACAGCCGAAUGUUCCGUUCAGAACAAUCGUGCCAUCUGCAGAUGUCCAGCCGGUUUGGUCGGAGAUCCAUUCGUGAAUUGCUUCAAAGAACCAACCACUCCAACGCCGGAAUGUCGAACCGAUUCGGAAUGCUCAUCGAGUCAAGCUUGCAUCAGCGAAAAAUGUCGAGAUCCAUGUGCCGAACGAAAUCCAUGCGCUCAGAAUGCUGAAUGCCGAGUGUCGCAACACCGACCGUUGUGCUAUUGUCCGAUUGGAUGGGGCGGAGAUCCUCAAGUGCAAUGUUACAAACCGGAAUGUAAAACCGACUAUGACUGUCCGUACGAUAAGACGUGUCACAAUGAGAAUUGCUUGAAUCCUUGCACCCUCGGAUCGGUUCAGUGUGGUCGCGGUGCUGAAUGUUUGGCACAAAAUCAUAAGGCAAAUUGUAUUUGUCCGGCAGGAACCCAAGGUAAUCCGUUGGUUUCUUGUGUCACUGGAGUCUGUCAGUACAACGAAGAUUGCCGUGAUGACGAAGCUUGCGAUCGAUUGAAUCGAGUGUGCCGUAAAGUAUGUGAUUCAGAUAGCUGUGCAGAAACUGCAAUAUGUGAGGGUAGAGCACAUCAACCUGUUUGUAGCUGUCGACCGGGAACGACUGGUAAUCCGUAUGUCGAAUGUUCGGCAUACAGAGACGUUCAACCAGAGUGUCGAGUGGAUGCUGACUGUCCAUCACAAUUCGCCUGUAUCAACAAACGAUGCGAAAAUCCAUGCGCAAAAUCAAACGUUUGCUCGCCAGAACAAACUUGCACAGUUCUAGACAGUUUGCCACUACGCACAGUGAUAUGCAGAUGUCCCGUUGACAUGAUUACCGAUAGCACUGGACGCUGUGUUCCGGUCAAACAUGAAGAGCCCGGCUGCCAAUUGGAUGUAGAUUGCCCCGAUUCUGAUAAAUGCAUCCGUGGAACGUGUACUUUGGCUUGUCGAGUAGAACAAUGCGGUAUUAACGCUUUAUGUCGAUCAACAUCACAUCGUGCAAUUUGUACAUGUCCACCAGGCUAUGAAGGCAAUCCGAUGAUAGAAUGCUCUCCAACUCCGAAAAAUCCAAUAGCAGUUGUUCCAGCCGAAUGUUAUGUAGACGAGGACUGUCCAAACGAUCGUAUUUGCAAAAACGAUCGCUGUGUAAAUCCAUGCACAUACGAACGACCUUGUGGACGUGGUGCAUUCUGUCACGCUCAAGAUCACCGAGCCAUCUGUAAAUGUCCGAGCGGCUACAAUGGUAAUCCUGUGAUCGAGUGUGUUCCACCGAGCGAGGCAACCAUUGGAUGCAAAUCAAACUCUGACUGUACCCUCUCCGAGUCGUGUGUGAACGAAAUUUGCGUUAAUCCGUGCAACUGUGGCGUUGAUGCUGAAUGUCAUGUCGCCAAUCACCAUCCAGUUUGUCACUGUAAACCCGGAUAUUCUGGAAAUCCACAAUUCGGUUGCGUUAAAUUGGGCUGUCAGUCUGACGACGAGUGUAGCAACAGUAAACAAUGCUUCAAUGGCGAAUGCAUAAAUCCAUGUGCUCUGAGUGAUCCAUGCGCAGUAAAUGCAGAAUGUUAUGGCCACAAUCAUCGUGCUGCUUGCCGUUGUCCUGCUGGCCUGGAAGGCAAUCCAUUUGAAAGAUGCGCACGAGUUGAAUGUCAUUCAGACUUCGAUUGCCCUAGUGACAGAGCUUGCAUUGACAACCAUUGCAUUAAUCCCUGUGCAUCAAACUUUAAUCCACCGUGUGCUCCGAAUGCCAUCUGCUUUGUACGAAACCAUAUUGCCAGUUGUAAAUGUCCAGACGAUUUGCCGGAAGGAAACCCAUUGUCCUAUUGCGAAAGAAGACAAAUCCAACAAGAUAAACCGGAAUGUGUCCAGGAUUACGAUUGUCCCAGUAAAAUGGCUUGCAUUCGAGAAAAAUGCGUGAAUCCAUGCACAGAACUCAUUCCAUGCUCACCAACCGCCAAAUGUAGUGUGCUGGAUAGCUCACCAGUUCGAACAAUGAUCUGUGAAUGUCCAGAAUUAUGGGUGCCAGAUCAGAACGGUGAAUGUCGCAGAAUUGUACUUCCGACACCACCAGGAUGUCAACAAGAUAGUGAAUGUCCAGACAACGAGUCUUGCAUCAAUCGACAAUGCAGAAAUCCCUGUGAUUGCGGAAUCCAUGCCGUUUGUAGAGUGCAAAAUCAUCGUGCCACCUGUUCUUGCGAAGAAGGCUACGAAGGAAACCCAACUACAGCUUGUAGAACAGUUGGAUGUCGCAUUGAUUCGGAAUGUGAUUCCGGCAAGGCUUGUAUUAAUGGAAACUGUGUGAACCCGUGCAUUAUCAACGAUCCAUGUGGAUUGAACGCCGAAUGUUAUCCGGUCGGUAAUAAAGCUCAAUGUCGAUGCUUAAGUGGUUAUCGAGGAAAUCCAUGGGAGAGAUGCAAUGUUGUCGGCUGUCGAAGUAACAGUGAUUGUCCGAGCGACAAGGGAUGCGAAAAUGCACAGUGCGUCAAUCCAUGCGUUUAUGACAACGUAUGUUCUCCACGUGCCGAGUGUUCUCCACAAAAUCACAUGGCCGUAUGCAAGUGUCCUCCAGGUUACAUUGGCAAUCCAUACGUAGACUGCAAACCGGAACCGGUGCAUGAAUGUACUUACGAUACUGAUUGUCCAUCGCGAUUGGCUUGCAUCGAUCACAAAUGUAUCGAUCCAUGUAUUGCACUGGAACCCUGUCAGCGACCAUCACGCUGUGAAGUUGUUCCAUCAUCACCAGUACGAACAAUGAUCUGUGUUUGCCCCGAAGGAUAUGUCAGCAGUGGAAGCGGAACAUGUAAGCCAUUGAAACCAGUCCUCGAUGUAGGCGGAUGCAUAUCAGACUCCGAUUGUCCAAGCGAUAAGGCGUGUGUGAACGACAUAUGCCGUGAUCCAUGCAACUGUGGACCGAAUGCUGAAUGCAGAGUCAAAGACCAUAAACCAGUGUGUUCAUGUCAGCAAGGCUACGACGGAAAUCCAGAAAUUCAAUGCAUCAAAAUUGGCUGCACAUCAGAUUCCGAAUGCUCGAAAACUCAUACCUGCGUCAAUCGACAAUGUGUACCCGCUUGUUCGGCCGAUCGAAAUCAAUGCGGUGAACGAGCUGAAUGUUAUGGUAUCAACCAUCGUGCCGUUUGCGAAUGUCUGCCAGGAUAUAGUGGUGAUCCAAGACUUGCUUGUGUCCUACUGGGUUGUCGCAGUGACGAUGAAUGUCCAGUCGAUAAGGCUUGCAUAAACAGUAAAUGCGAAAAUCCGUGCGAGAAGACUGCAGUCUGCGAACGAACUGAAAUUUGUCGAGUGUACAACCAUCGACCGGAAUGUGCCUGUCCACCUGGAUACGUGAGUGACCUGAACCGUGUCUGCGUAGAAUUGGACGAGAUUUGUCAAUACGACGGUGAUUGUCCAUCACAAACUGCUUGCAUUCGCGGUCAAUGUGUCAAUCCAUGCAAUGCCACUCGACCGUGCGGAGUAAAUGCUGAAUGUAAGGUUUUGGAUACAGUUCCUGUAAGGACAAUGGUUUGCAUAUGUAUCCCAGGCUAUCAAGGAAACGCAGCUGUACAGUGCGAUAAACGUAAGCCAGAAUGCCUCAUCGAAAAGGGAUUCGUCCGUGACGACAAUGGACUCUGUGUGUGUGCACCUGGUAGUGCUUUGGACAUCUAUGAAAAUUGCACUCCUUGCCGCAUAGAACUCGGCUACAAGAUCGAUGAAACUGGCCAUUGUGUUUGCGCCUUGGAACGUGGAUUAGUUAUCGACGAACGCGGUCGUUGUGUAUGUCCAGUCAAACAUGGUUACCGCUUGACACCACGCGGUGAAUGCAUUCCAGAGAUCAUUCCGAAGUGCUACACCGAUGACGAUUGUCCAGAUAACCGUUACUGCGAUCAGGAGUCCCGAACGUGUGAAGAUCCUUGCCUUGCUAAGGCAUGCGGUGUAAAUGCCUACUGCAAUGCCACCAAUCAUCGAGCAAUUUGCACAUGUCUAACUGGAUACUACGGCAAUCCCGAAGUGCUGUGCAACAACACAUAUCGCAAAGAAUUCCCUCGACCCGAAAUACUUGUCAGCUGUUUGGCUGAUGGAGUGCAGGUCGAAAUACACAUCGCUGAGGAAGGAUUCAAUGGAGUGUUGUAUGUGAAAGGUCACAGCAAGGACGAAGACUGUCGUCGCGUUGUCAACCUAACACCGGAAACUGUUCCACACACGGAGAUUUUCAAAGUUCAAUUCGGUAACUGUGGUCUCAUUCAUGUGAAUGGAAUUGCCAGUUUUGUGUUGGUCAUGCAGAAACAUCCGAAAUUGGUCACAUACAAGGCACAGGCAUACCAAAUUCGCUGUGUCUACCAAACCGGAGAACAGAGUGUGAUGGUAGGAUUCAAUGUGUCGAUGUUGACAACGGCUGGCACGAUUGCGAACACCGGUCCCCCACCUGUAUGUACAAUGAGAAUUGUGACGAACAACGGAAACGAGAUAAGUUCAGCGGAAAUUGGCGACAACUUAAUGUUGCAAGUGGAAGUGCAGCCAGCAACAAUCUAUGGAGGUUUUGCUCGUAGCUGUGUGGCCAAGACAUUGGAAGACAGUGUCGAGAACGAGUACAUUGUGACGGACGAAAAUGGUUGUGCUACCGAUCCAAGCAUCUUCGGCGAAUGGGAAUAUAAGAGCGAAACGAAUAGUCUGCUAGCAAGUUUCAAUGCAUUCAAAUUCCCGUCCAGCGAUAACAUCCGGUUCCAAUGUAACAUCCGAGUGUGUUUCGGUAAAUGUCAGCCGGUUAAUUGCCGUGGCUACAAUGCUUUCGGUAGACGACGUAGACGUCGUCAGAUCUCCGACGGGCGCCAAUUCAAUUCAUCGAAUACCGCACUGGCCGAAAACGAUUUGGGUGGAUUUGGACAACUGAGGGAAGAAAUAACCAUAGAAUCGAAUCCGAUUUUGACGUUCGAACGACGUGACGAGCGAUUAUCUGAUGGAAGGCAGAUACUUCCAGCUGCACAACGGGUCGAAGACAUUUGUGUGUCGAUGAUUGGCCUCAUCAUAGCAUUGGUAAUAACAGCACUACUAUCACUAGUCGCUGUAGCUGUAGCCGUAUCAUGUUGGUUAAUGGCCUACCGACGACGACCGAAAGCAACUGGACCACUGCCACAUCCGCCCGAAUUCCCCAAUCCACUGUUUACGAAUCCGGACGCUGUGUCUGAACCAACGCCGGAUUAUCUAUCGUAAAUAGUAAGUUAGAAAUUAGGGUGAGAAAUCAAAGAAUUGAGAAAAUUGUAAAAAAUUAUAAGAAAAAUAAGGAAAAACCAAUAACACACGAAAUGAUACACAGACAAUCAAAUUGGUGCUUAACAAAAAGAAAAAAUCAUUUCCGUCUCUAGAUGUAAUGUUCAUAGGAUAUUCGCACAACUGUAGCGAAUUAAAAGAAAAAUGAAAAUGAAAGAAAAAAUGGAACAUUUGUAUGACAAAUUAUAUAAUGUAAAGCAGAAUGAACUAUGACGAACAACAAACGUCCAAGAAAAAGACGAAGAAGAAGGUCAACAACAACAACAAAAGUGUUGAAAAUGUGCAAAGAGAAAACCGAAAUUGUUGUUCGCAAACGAAUUCUUGAAGAGAAAAAGCUUAUUGCUCAGCCCCAUUGUAAUAUAAAAUAAUUAUUUUUUUAACUAAUUUAAUUAAAUUUAAUUGUAAACAAAAGAACACGGCGACUCUUGCGCCCCAUAAAUGUAUGGCCUACUUCUAACCAGAAUGGGACACGUUAAAGCGGAAGAUCAACAACGAAAAAAACUCAUCAAAAUGGAAUUAAGGAAAAUGUCCGAUUAAACAAACAAAAAAAAAACUGCCAACUGAUCUUCCAACCAGCAAGUGAUCUGUGUUCUUCAAAUGCAAUGACGACAACUCCUCCGAUGGCCGAACUUUUAAACUCUAGUCUCACUAUGUAAACCUUAAUAAUUAUGAUUUUUCGAAAUUGAUGGUGAAGGCCUGCGUUUUUUAAGUUUUUUUUUAUUUGAUAAAGAGAAGAAGAAGUCGAAAUUUUAUUUAAUAUUUUAAGUGGGUUUCGAAACUCCUUGUUUACAACUGCCCCCCGUUCACUGUUUCUUUAGCUUUGUGUCGUACACACAUACACACAGGAAAAAGAAGAAAACUUCGCACACUCAACUGUUUAUAGUUACUAUAAAUAUUAUUUAUGUAAAAGCACUCGUGGUGGGCUGCAGACCGAUAUAGGCAGUCGCAAUACUUCACUCGUAUUAUAAUUUUAAUUACAUAAAUUGGACAAUGUAAAUUAAUGUGUAAAUCUCCGACGGCCACUGGAGGAUUUGAACUAAUCAAAAUGGAGGAAUAUAAAAAGAAGGAAGAGGAAGAAAGUGAUUUUCAACACCUAAAAUGAGUAAAAUUUAUAGAAAAACAACGAAAAAAAUGUUAGUCAAAGAAAAUUGUAAAUUUUUUCCGUUUUAAAAAUAGAAAGAAAAAAAAAUUAAAAAAACGAAAAAAAAUGGAAUGAAUGCUGGAAUGAUCUUUUUAUAUUAAAGAAUUAUGAAAUCAUGUGAUUUGUGUUACUCUGAAUAUUAAUUAAUUAACGAAUUUAUGUCGUAAGCUUACCCAUUAAGAAGAUGAAAAAAAAACUAAAAUUUGUAUAAAAAAGGAAACAAUUGAAAACGGCAGCUUUAGUCGUAACAUCACUCAAAGGAGAAAA